AUGGCUGUGCAACGAGCAGCCCAAGAUGCAAUGGUGGAGUACCUCAGAGCUUUGGAGGAGUUGCGGCGGAGCUUUGUCCUCGCAGAGGACAAGCACCAGUUCACAUGUUUGCACUAUGCAAUACGAGAUGCCUAUGCUGGAUGUUUCCCGAUCUUGAGGUUACUCCUUUCCAGCUGCUUCGAGUUCCCUGAGGGUCGAGAGGUGGACGAACUGAUGCGACACAAGCGCUUCCAGCUUCAGCCAGGGCUCACCUCGCUAUUUUCAUACGUUCCAGACCUGUUUCCCGUGACAGAGCACAUUAUUGAAAGGCCAUUGAAACUGCUGGUGCUUUGCGAAGGGCGAAGGGGCAAUGCUUAA